ACAUGGAGACAUGGAGACACACAAAGGGGUGAGAGAAGUCCCAGGUAUCACCAUUUUCAGCUCCUCAGCUACAGUCUACUUCGCCAAUGCUGAGCUUUAUCUGGAGGCCCUGAAGGAAAAGAGUGGGCUUGACAUUGGUAAGAUGAUCAUGUACAAGAGGCGACAGGAGGCCAAGCAGAGACGCAGAGAGAGGAGAGCCAGGAGAAGGGCCAGGAGGCAAGCUAAGAGAUGUCAACAGGCCCUCAGGGCAGCCUCCCAGAGGAGAGAGGUGUUUUCUGUGGAGGAGGAGGCCACCCACUGGCAGGAUGGACAAGGUAAGACUGAAACAGCGCCCCCACUGGGGGAGGAGCAGCGUUGGCGGCCGCGUGAGAACAGCACGGUCUUUGUCAUGCCAGACUCCCCGGGCUCGGCCGAGGGCCAGUGCAGCUGGGUGUACCUGAAGGGCUUGGAUCCAGAUAGUGACACCCAAGGGUCAACUGUAGAGGAUGGCGACACUGCUACAUUGGAUGGAGACACGGCCACAUUGGAUGGAGACACCACUACGCUGGACUCCGGCAGCAUGGAGAGAAUGUCCCUGGGCUCGCUGGGCAAAUGGACCUGGGACAUCCACUCGAUCAUACUGGACCUGUCCACAGCCAAUUUCAUUGACACAGUGGCCAUCAAGUUGAUGAAAAAUAUUGUCCAUGAUUUUGGUGAGAUUGACAUUGAUGUUUACAUGGCCGGGUGUCAGGCCACGGUGGUAGAUGAGAUGGAGUGUGGUGGAUUCUUCUCCGACUCUAUGACCAAAGAGCGUCUGUUUGCCACAGUCCAUGAUGCUGUCCUGUACUGCCAGAAUCACAAAGGUCACAUCUCCCACACCAGUUAUGAUUACACACUGGAACUGGAUAUAAGUGGCACCAGGCUCUAAAAAGUAGCACCAGUAGGUGUCAAAGAAGCAUACUAGAAGAACCCUGUGAAAUGGAGUGAGUUCAUGACUUGUCCAGAUGUGUUAGGAUAACCUAUCAUAUCUCUCUUGUACUUGACUCAGACAUGCAUCUGAAAUAUGACUUGCAUGUACAGUGUUAAAGGGAUAUUCCACCAUUUGGGGAAUUACAUGCAUUUUAAUAAAACCAACGGAAAAUCUUCUAGGCUGAUUUGACAUGGAACUAUACUCUCAUUCAGGCGUAA